AUGGCGUGUCUGGAGCCGCCGAGGCGCUCGCCCGAGACCGAGGGGGAGCGUCUCGCUUGUUGCUUCUCGAGAGAGCUUAGCAAACGUGGUUGGCUGGUCACUCUUGAGCGGGUCGUUUUUCGGCGCUUCGCUCGAGUUGGUUCUGUAAGCAGCGCCCAGAUGACGGGCUGUCAUUGUGACUCCUCGGCUUGCAAGGAAAUACACAUAAAGGAACCCACAGAAAAGGAAGUAAAUCCUCGCUUGUUGCCAGGUGAACUGCUGCUUUGUGAGGCAAGCACGGUGUACAAGUAUAUACAAGAAGAUGGCUCAAAUCGUGGCACCUAUGGAAAGCUUAUAUGCACAAACUUCAAGAUUGCUUUCCUUGAUGAUGACUCUGCUUCAGAUGAUAAUGAGCCACAAUUUAAGAAUAAGAUCAUAGGAGAAAAUGACAUAACCCUGCAAUGUGUAGAUCAGAUCUAUGGAGUUUAUGACGAGAAAAAGAAACUUCUAACUGGACAACUGAAAAAAUACCCAGAGAAGCUGAUUAUCUACUGUAAAGACCUUAGAGUAUUUCACUUCUGCUUGAGAUACACAAAAGAAGAGGAAGUGAAAAGAAUCGUAAGUGGUAUAAUUCAUCAUAGCCAGACUCCUAAGCUGCUUAAACUCUUGUUCCUGUUCUCUUAUGCAUCAGCUGCCCCGAACAAUGCAGAUAGAAGAAACCAAACUGUGAUGUUUGAUACUCUUGAGGACUGGCGUGAUGAGUUGGAGCGGACUAAGGGGAAUGUGAAAUACAAAGCAGUGACUACCAAUGAAGGCUACAGAGUCUCUGAAAAGCUGCCUUUGUAUUUUGUUGUUCCUAUAUGCGUGUCUGAAGAGAGUAUCUUGCAGUAUGAAGGCAGAGGCAUUCAGAUUUGGUGUUGGUCUUGCCAUAACGGUGCUGCUCUCCUCAAAAUGUCUGCGUUUCCCAAAGAACAGGAUGACAGCACUUCACAAAUGCAAAAAGCCUUCUUGGAUGGAAUCUAUAAGACAAUUAGCAAUCCUCCCUAUGAGCUCCUGAAGACAGAUGACUUGUCAAGCAGCCUACCAUCUCUGCAAGAUAUCCAGACUGCGUACACAAGAUUUAAACAGCUGUUUUUGAUCGAUUAUAGUACAGACUUCUGGGCAACUGAUGUGAAAUGGUUUUCAUUACUGGAGAGCACAAACUGGCUAGAGAUAAUCAGGCGAGUCUUGAAGAAAGCAAUAGAAGUUGCUGAGUGUCUGGAAAGACAGCAUACAAAUGUUCUCCUUAUUGAAGAGAGUGCUACUGAUCUGUGCUGCGUAAUCUCUAGCCUGGUUCAAGUGAUGAUGGAUUCGUACAGCAGAACAAAGUUGGGUUUUCAGAGCCUUAUUCAGAAGGAGUGGGUAAUUGGAGGACAUGGCUUUUUGGAUCGUUGUAACCACUUACAUAGAAGUGACAAAGAGGAGGCUCCUGUUUUUCUGCUCCUGUUAAACUGUGUUUGGCAGUUGGUACAACAGUACCCUCCAGCAUUUGAGUUCACAGAAACUUACUUAACUGUCUUGUCAGACAGCCUCUAUGUGCCUAUUUUUAGCACUUUCUUCUUCAACUCGCAACAUCAAAGAGACACUAAUAUGAGCGGUGAAAGCCUCAAGACACAAAGUGGUCCUUUCAGAUUUCUUACUGUGUGGGACUGGUCUGUGCAGUUUGACCUCAAGGGCCAGGCUUUCCUGAACAACCCUCUUUAUGCAGAGAAGCCAAAACCAGAUAAAAGUCAACGGAAAACUGCACGAUUCAAACAUCAACGGCAGCUUUCUUUGCCAUUGACACAAACAAAAUCUUCCACAAAGAGAGGAUUUUUCAGGGAGGAAACAGAUAAUUUAAUUAAAAACAUUCUUGGUAAAAGAAUUGGCAAGUUCAUAAAUUCCUCAGAUGAACCCCCUAAUAGCUUCAGGGAAUUUUAUGAUAGCUGGCAUAGUAAACCUGUUGACUAUCAUGGUCUUCUGUUACCUCGCAUCGAUGGCCCUGAAAUCAAAGUGUGGGCACAACGGUAUUUACGAUGGAUUCCUGAAGCCCAGCUUCAUGGUGGUGGUACAAUAGCUACAGCGGCCAAGAUUUUGGACUUGAUGGAGGAGGUGCAAAGCUUGCAGGUGAAAAUGGAUGAAGAACAUAGUCAAGCUAUUUCUAGAGACGUACACUCUGUUCCACUGCUGAGGCAGUCUCCCCGUUUGUCAUCCUUGUUUCCAUUUGCUUCACUUCAGAGACAGUCUAUCAAACCAGCUUUACCCACUAGCACCUGGAAAGACUUGGAAGAUGAAGAUGACUUGGUCAAGAGGGAUGAUGAAUUUGUUGAUCUAAGUGGUGAUAUGUUGUAAAGUGUGUAUUAAUUAAAGUAUGAAUUGUAUGUGGCUGAGCUCUGAGUUUUAAAUGAUGUGCUGCCUCCCAUGUAAGGAACUCAGUCAAGCAUCUGCAGCCUGUUUAAUUAGUUUGUGGGGUUAA